CUGCCAGUCAGUUGAGGAAAUUUGUAUUUUACCUCCCGGCGGGUGAUGUGCAGAGCCUGAGAAGAUUUUUUUUUUUUUUAAUCCAAUCAGCACGACAAGAAACAUUUUCUCAGGUUACCUCGUGGUUAAGCUCUGCCUUAAUAUCACCACCUGCCAGCUGUAUUCUGUAACCAAGCCAACCAAAAGCCUUCAAAAUGAUGCAGAUCAGCAGCGACUCCGCCAGCAACAAGCACUCGCUCAUCAACGUCAUGCACCGCUUCAUAGCAGCUGCCAACAACAUGGAUGAGACCAUCAUGGUGCCGAGCCUGCUCCGAGACGUGCCGCUGGAGGAACAGGCGGUCAGUGAGAUGGAGCCAAACAACAAUCACGAACCCCAGUGUCCUAACAAGCAGAGGGACAUGUACGAGCACUACCUGCUCCUCAAGUCCAUAAAGAACGACAUGGAGUGGGGUCUGCUGAAGAGGGAGAUGAGCAGUGGUGCUAGCUUCCUGGAGAUGGCUGUGAAGCAGGAGGAGCAGCAGCCAGUCACCAGGGACUUGCUCCCGGACGACAACUCGGACCUGGAGGAUCAGUUUCACUAUCACCUCAGGGGACUGUUUGGAGUUCUGUCCAAGCUCACAAUGCAAGCCGACCACCUCACCAACAGGUACAAGAGGGAAAUCGGAGGCGGAAAUUUCAUGAGAUAGAAGUCGCUAUCGUUUCUGUUUCCUCCCCUCGGACUGCUUGACUUGCACAAUGGGAUGUGUUGAGAAGGGCCCCAUCUCUUCCUAAUAGAUCUCAAUGGACAGUGAACUGACCAGGGCGACUACUUCACUUCUCUCACUCCUGAGUAGCGACACUCCGAUGCCCCCCCCCAAAAUGCACUUGAAACCAGUGACGCCUGCACAUGUCCCUCUGUGGAGGUCGACACUGCGUGGUGGAGGUUUAUUGAAUCUAAGUCCAGAUGAAGCGCAGCUCUGGUUUAUGCAGAAACUUGCCCCCCUGCCCCCCUUUUUUUUGUCUUUUCAUUUCAAGUUUGAGCAUGCAUUUGUCACCAGAUUGUGAAUAAAAGGUUUCUGACUGUAGGAGAAAUUGAAUGCUGGUUAUUCUGUCCCUCCUUUUUUUUUU